AGUUGAAGUCGCGCGUUCGACGACGAGGUUCUCCUUCUCUCCUUUUUGUUUCUCCUUCUUGCAUUCGCCACGAAACGGUGCCUACGUGUUUGUGAGUGUGUGUGCGGUGUAUGUGAGUCUGCAUUGCUCAAUAAAUGCAUUGGAGGAAUUUAAACAGUUUGCAUUCAAUUGUUCUUUUAUGAUUCUUUAGCCAAGAGUUUCGAGCCAGAAGAACAUUUACGAGCAUUACACCAAUAGCAACAACAAAAACAUAGUUUUCUGAAUUAAAUAGCAAACAACAUCAUUAAAAACAAAAACAACUACAACUACACAGCAACACAAUGGCCUUAAUUAUGAAAUACAUCGACAGCAUAAACAGAUAUAUGGACUCAUAUAGUGAUUCAAGGACAAAGGACUGGCCCAUGAUGUCAUCACCUUUUCCCACAUUGGCUGUGUGUAUGACAUAUGUCUACUUGGUUAAGGUUUUGGGGCCACGAUUAAUGGAGAAUCGGAAACCGUUUCAUCUACAACAAAUGCUGGUCGUCUACAAUGCCCUACAGGUGGUAUUUAGCGCGUGGCUCUUCUAUGAGUGUUUAAUGGGCGGCUGGUGGGGCGCAUACAGCUUCCGCUGCCAGCCGGUGGACUACACAGAUAGUGCCACAUCGAGGAGAAUAGGCAUUUCCGGUUGGCUAACUGGACAUUAUAGCUUCCGAUGUCAGCCAGUCGACUAUAGUAAUAAUCCUAGAACAUUAAGGAUGGUCCAUGCCUGUUGGUGGUAUUACUUCUCCAAGUUCACAGAAUUCAUGGAUACGAUUUUCUUCGUGUUGCGCAAGAAGACUAGCCAGGUAACAACACUGCAUGUCAUCCAUCACGGCUGUAUGCCCAUGUCGGUUUGGUUCGGCGUUAAAUUCACCCCAGGUGGCCAUAGCACUUUCUUUGGUCUGCUCAAUACAUUCGUUCACAUUGUGAUGUACACUUACUAUAUGUUCUCGGCCAUGGGUCCCCAAUAUCAGAAGUAUCUCUGGUGGAAGAAGUACCUGACCACCCUGCAAAUGGUCCAGUUCAUUUUGAUCAUGGUGCACGCCUUCCAAUUGCUCUUCAUCGACUGCAAUUACCCGAAGGCCUUUGUCUGGUGGAUCGGAAUGCAUGCCGUCAUGUUCUUCUUCCUGUUCAACGAGUUCUACAAGGCAGCCUACAGAAGCCGUCUCAUGAAAAAGAAUGCCGCUCUGGCAGCGGCCAAUGGACACGCCAAACCCAAUGGCUACUGCAAGAGUAUCAAUGCCCACGAUGAUCUGGCCAUGCCGCAGCCACAAGCCGACACGAUCGCAUCCAAGGCAAAUGGCAAUGCCACCUUUAGCAAUGGCCAUGUCAAUGGAGUCAAGAACGGCUAUAAGCCACUGGCAAAUGGCACGACGACGACGACGUCGGGCUUGGCCAAUGGCAGUGCGCACAAAACAAAUGGCACACUGCUGGCCAAUGGCUAUGCCAAUGGACAUGCCACCAAAUUGCUGGACGAUGUGGCCCAGGAGCUGACACAGCGAAAGAUACAGAAAUAAUACCGGCAGAAAGCGGGUCGGCGCCAACACAGAGCUUAGGGAGGAUGGAGCACAGCCGCAGCAGCAGCGUCAGAGUCAUAAUUACACAACAGCAACAACAACAACCACAACACCAACCACCACACAACCACACACCACCAUCACCCAACCACCCACCCACCCACACAUCAACACACUCACCCUCUCACCCGCAUUCAUUGUGGAGAAAUGUUAAGUAAAUAGCGAAAGAACGGACAAACGCGGGGAAACACUUUUCGAAGGGACAUAUUGUUAUUGAUAGAAAAUCGAUAUUCCAAUAUAUAUAUGUAUAUAUAUGUAUAUGUAUGUGCAUAUGUAUUUCUGCAGCUGGCGAUCGAGAAGCAAUUGCUAAACAUAUUCGAUGCAUACAUAUUAAUAUAUAUAUACACAAAUAUUUGUAUAUAUAUAUAGAGAUUGUAUAGGCAUUGCUAAAUGCAUUCAUACUUCUAACUAACGAUUAAAAAAUACAUUUUUGUUGCUUUUUUUCUUUUUUUUAACUACUUUAGUUGUACAAAGCUUAUAAAUUAUAAGUACAUACUACAAAACUGUAUAAAACAAAACAAAAAAAAAACAAAAAACAAACAAAAAAAUCAAACAAAACAAAUGGAAAGCAAAAAAAAAAACAACGGCAGCCCAGCAUGAAGCAGUUUAUAAACUAAAAAUUAAUGUUUAUUAAAUUUAAAAAUGUGCAAACAUGGAAUUCACCUAUUUAAGCAUAGAAUUUAGUCCAUAAUCUGCAUAAUUAUAUAUACAAGAUAAAUGUGGCACACCGAAAGUCAAACAACUUUUGUAAAAACAAAACAAAAAACACAAAAAAAAUGGAGAAGGAAACCCAAACACAAAAAGGAAAUUGUAAUUUAAAUUAAGGCACAAUAAUUGUUACAACUAAAAGUCAAAGCAAAAAUAGUCAUCAGCUAUUUAAGUCAAGCAAAAAAACAAAAAACAAAACCAAUUCAAAUACACACAAAACCACAAUCACUUAAAUGAUUGUGUAUAAUUAAUUUAUUAUAAAUAAAUUAUGCCGCAGCCAUGUGCAAAUUUUUGCUCUCAUUUCGAUAAACAAAAGAAACAUUGAAACAAAUUCCGAAACAUCCCCCCACAAAUUAAUAUAAAUACAUACUCUAUAUAAAAAUGA